AUGGUUCUGAGCAAAGACCUGUUACACGUCCUUCGCUUUGGUACGUUGAACGAUAUUCGUAAGAUCCUGUCCUAUCAGCCCAGGCUCUUCCGAGACCAUGUCGAGCUCUCUAUGGAAUUACCCCUGCACGUUGUCGUACGGGAACAACGGGAACUGUCAAUUCUUCGAUUCACUUUGCGGGCGUUUCCAAACGCAAUCAAGGUACCUGAUAUGCAUGGACAGCUUCCCCUACACGUUGCUGUUCAACAGCGAAACUGGCAUAUCAAAGGAAAUGGUCCUAUCAUUGUUCGGGAGCUAGUUCGCGCUGAUCCGACCACCAUUGGCGUGCCGGAUUGGAAAGACGGGUACACACCCAUGCAUACGGCGAUUCUCUACCGAUGUGAUCCUGAAAUCAUACAGUUCCUACUCCACUCUUGCCACGGCUACAACAGUACAAUCAAGAAUGCCAACCGACGAUCACAAGCAGGUCGUCUUCGUCGAUUGCCUCAACCACCACGCCUAGAUCCAUGCAUGGUUGCAACCAUGACCGGUGGCUAUUUGCCACUCCACGUUGCCGUAUUUUCCAAAGCUUCCGUGGAGAUUGUGCAGGCAUUGGUGGACGCUUGUCCAAAAAGCUUGCGUAUACCUGAUCAACGGGGUUUCUUGCCAAUUCAUUUUGCGAUACUGUCUCUAUCGACGACGUCGGACGGGAGCCCCGAAGACGGCGCCGAGCGCGACUCCAAGAUUUGGAGUAUUUUGGGCGGCGAUGAGCUUGCGUACGGAUCCAGUUUUAUGACAAAGAAACAAGCAAAAUACCAGCAGUCCUCAAACCCGCCGAUUUCGCAGACGACGUCCAAAGACGGCCAAUGUUGGGUAGGGAUGCAGAAAAAUGGCACCGAAAACAAAAUCGAAAUUUACAGUCGUUAG